AUGAAAGUGGCCACUGGAUUCCCAUGCAACCAGUUUGGAGGACAGGAACCAGGGACAGAAGCAGAGAUUAAAGAGUUGGCCAAAGGUUACAAUGCUGAGUUUGAUCUCUUCAGUAAGAUUGAGGUGACUGGAGACAACGCUCACCCUCUGUGAAAGUGGAUGAAGGCUCAGCCCAAAGGCAAGGGAACCCUGGGAAACAACAUCAAAUGGAACUUCACAAAGUUUCUUAUAAAUAGAGAAGGACAAGUAGUGAAGAGAUAUGGCCCAACAGCUGAUCCCAGUGUGGUGGAGAAGGACCUGCCCACGUACCUGUAAUAAUACAGUCUCAUCUCCCAUGUGUUUAUU